AUGCCUCCUAAGAAGAACAGCGCUGCCUCGCAGGACGUGGGCGACGACGACGGCAGCAACCAGGCGGGCUGGGAGCUGGCGGAGGUGAGGACGAGAGCAGAAGCCCUCGAUCGUCGCAUCCGCGCGACUGAGGAGGAACUCGGCCCUAUUAAGAGCACGACUGAUAAUCUGGAAAGAGGCCAGACGGCGCUGCAGGUUGUUGUGGAGGAAAUCCGGACGGAUUCUCAGACAGGGUAUAAAACCCUAGCGCAACGGCAAGCCGAGGCCGACGCGAAGCUCGAUCGCAUCAACCGUGGUCAGGACGAGCUCCGGGCGAGCAACGAUGGGAUCUGGGCGACUAUCGCGCAGCUCGCGGAGAUGAUUGCAGGGAUGGGGAGUCGCGAGCCAGCUAGACGGACCGUCGAUCUAAUUGUGGCAGGCGAUAAGCUCAAGGGAACGUUGGCGGCGACCGAGGAAAAGAAGGGAAACUCAUCCCCACUGCCUGUUACCCCGCAAACCACGUCACCUCGAGGAGCGCAGGGCGGCGAGCUACUGAAAACUCGGGACCAUGCGAUCCAGGCCUUGAGCGGCGCGUGGGGAAGCUUAGCGAUGGACACCGGAGACUACCAACCACCGUCGGGAUUGCCGAUAGGCAUAGGUGGGGCGGUCACUCGGAGCGCCGGAGGAGCAGGGACAGGGGCGAGCGGCUCGGGACCCGCCGACCAGGGCAUGAUGGGCCAAGGGAGCUCAGCGGGUUCGGCGGAGCAGAUGCAGACGGGGCGGGUGGAGAUCGGACCUAGGGAUGGGGUCCGUUCGAGGCCGGGUCGAACCGCAAAACCAAGAAGCAGGGAGGGGCUGACCAGGGCGAGCUGA